UCCAGCGGGUGUCAGCGGGGAGUCAUGAAGAGGAGUGGCACACCAGUGUGGGACAGAAGGAGCUACAGGCCCCCUCCCACAUUAAAGAGGAGCAGCUUCAUGAUGAAGAUGAAGCUCAGUCCUUACAGCUUCAUCACAGUCAAAGUGAGGAGAACAGAGGGGCGGAGCUUGUAAGUCAACACAUCACAGAAGCUGAUGGAGAGCAUUGUGAAGAUAUCAAGUCAGAACCAGACAGCAUCUUUGCUCCACUGUCAGACAUGGACCACAUGAUGUCACACUCUUCUGAUCACAGUGACCACAUCCAAAAACCUUUGGAGAGUAAAAAUGACUCUAAAGGUGAUACGAGACAUCACACUAACAACAAACACUUUGACUGCUCUGAAUGUGGGAAAUCAUUUAGAUGGAAGAGUCAUUUUACAGUACACAUGAGAACACAUACUGGAGAGAAACCUUUUACUUGCUCUGUUUGUAAGAAGAGUUUCUUCAGAAAGGAAUGCAUGACCACACACAUGAGAACACACACUGGAGAGAAACCUUUUACUUGCUCUGUUUGUAAGAAAAGUUUCUACACAAAGCGUCACAUGACCACACACAUGAGAACACACACUGGAGAGAAACCUUUUACUUGCUCGGUUUGUAAGAAGAGUUUCUCCACAAAGCAAAUCAUGACCACACACAUGAGAACACACACUGGAGAGAAACCUUUUACUUGCUCUGUUUGUAAGAAGAUUUUCUCCAGAAAGCUACACAUGACCAGACACAUGAGAACACACACUGGGGAGAAACAUUUUACUUGCUCCGUUUGUAAGAAGAGUUUCUCCAGAAAGGAACACAUGACCACACAUAUGAGAACACACACUCGAGAGAAACCUUUUACUUGCUCUGUUUGUAAGAAGAGUUUCUCCACAAAGCGUGACAUGACCACACACAUGAGAACACACACUGGAGAGAAACCUUUUGCUUGCUCAGCUUGUGCUAAAAGAUUCAACACAAAGAAUGAAAAGACCACACACAUGAGAACACAUACUGGAGAGAAACCUUUUACUUGCUCCGUUUGUAAGAAGAGUUUCUCCACAAAGCUUAACAUGACCACACACAUGAGAACACACACUGGUGAGAAACCUUUUGCUUGCCCUGUUUGUAAGAAGAGUUUCUCCAGAAAGGAACGCAUGACCACACACAUGAGAACACACACUGGAAAGAAACCGUUUAGUUGCACUGUGUGUGAUAAAACAUUCAGUUUUAAGUAUCAGGUCAGUAAACACAAGUGUAUAACAGUCAUGGAAGCUGCAAGGAUUUAAAAACACUUAAACAGUGAUUGUGCUAAAUGUAGUUUAAAAACACAGCAUGUUUAAUAAGAAUGUAUAUUUGAUGUUGUAUGUAGUGCUUCUCAUCUUCUAGUCUUAUAUUUUGUCCUCUAGUUACUUUUUAAGUUGUGUGCAUGUAUUGAAUAUUGUAUAUGUUGCUACGUUUUUUUUCUCUCAUAUUUGAAGAGAGGACAUCUUAUUAUUUUCAUUUGGGGUUUUUUCACACAUUUUUCCAUUGCAUUUUAUUGAUGUUAUUAUCCAACUAAAAGUAUGAAUGAAUAAAAUGGUUAACAAAAUGUGGACUCUGGUAGAUUAGCAGCAUUGUUACAUCAUGGAUGUUAACUACUGCA